GCCACCAGUUACCAAAGGCUGAUCCAAAAGCACUGGGAGGAGGUAAUGGUGCUGAUCCAAAGAGGAUGCAGGCAAUGAUUCUUGCAACUCUCUAAAUGCCUCCAAGCACCACAAAAGCAGGAGUGGAGAAAGACCGCAUUGCCAGCAGAAACAUCCCUUUCCUCCUUUCCCUUUUGUCAAAAAGGGCUAAGCUGAUCCAAAAUUCUGCUCGGCCCUCGGAAUCUGCCGCUGACCUUGCUUGAAGGUCCAGGUGAGCAAAAAGAAAAGAGCAGGACUCAACAAACAAGCACCCAUCCCCACCCCCACAAGCUUCCACCCUUGCAAUGAGCUAAGGCAGUCACAGGCCUCAUACUUCCUCUAACAAAAAGCCACAAAGGAAAUGCCCUGCAUGUGUGUUUUUUCUUUCUUUUUAAUGCACCAGACUUAGCCCUAGAGAGAUGAUUUGUCCGUUUUCAGGGCUUCAGUCCACUUGUUCAGAUGCAAGGAAAGAUAGUCCACCGUGGUGCUUCAGCAGAUGACAAUGUGAUGGAAUGAGCCAAGGACGAUGGGAUCCCGGAUCAAGGAAAACCCUCAGAAAAUAUUUGAUCUGUUCUUUGAAGCUGCCUGUCCAACGCUUGCGGAUGAUGAUCCUAAAGUGCUUAGACAGUUCCCUCCGGAGUUCGAUGACCAGGAUUCAGUCCAGAUGCUGCCCAAGUUUUGCUUCCCCUUUGAUGUCGAAAGGGUUAUGGAGAGCCCCACGAUCCAACAUUUCACUUUUGUACUCACCGAUAUGGACGGAAAGCAACGCUUUGGUUUCUGCCGCUUGGCCGUGGCCUUCCGCACCUGCCUGUGUAUCCUCAGCUAUGUGCCCUGGUUUGAAGUUUUCUACAAGAUCUUGAACUACAUUGCAGACAGCUUGGCCAAGCAGCAGUUCACAGAGGUGGAUGAGUUCUUGUCUGCACUUCAUCUCCAUCCUGUGCCUGACCUGAGCAGCCCCAUCAGCCUUGAAUUUGAUCUAAAGAGGAGCAAAUUGAAAAUUUCCACUGAGAAGGAUCCAAGCAAACAAGACAAGAGCCGGGAUCUGGACUCUGGGACUGCAUCAGUUUAUUUCAUUGUCCCUGACCAAGGCAAACUCCCCACCAUUCCUGAAAGUAGGAACCUGACAGAAUUUGUUGUGGCCGUGGAUGCAAACAACAUGUUGCGCCUGUAUGCAAGCCUCCUCCACGAGCGACGGAUCCUGCUCACCACCAGAAAACUCAGCACGCUCACAGCCUGUGUUCAGGCAUCCCUCUCCAUGUUAUAUCCCAUGCACUGGCAGCACAUCUACAUCCCAGUGCUGCCUUCGCACCUCCUUGACUACUGCUGUGCCCCCAUGCCCUACCUCAUAGGAAUCCACACCAGCUUCAUGGAGAGAGUGAGGAGCAAGGCCCUGGAAGAUGUCGUCAUUCUCAACAUCGACAACAACACCUUUGAGUCACCCUUCCAGGACCUGGAAGACCUCCCAAGUGAUGUAGUCUCUCUGUUGAAGUUCCAGCUGAAGAAACAGACCGCGACUACUGGGGAUGGAGUCGCCCGAGCUUUCCUUAGGGCACAGGCACUGCUGUUUGGCAGCUACCGCGAGGCUCUUGUUUGCAACCCGGGAGAGCCCAUCUCCUUUUGCAAAGACACCUUCUUGCAACAAGGCUCCUGUGCCAUGCAGGCUUUCCUCCAGCGGGCCGUGCACCUGCAGCUCUUCAAGCAGUUCGUAGAUGACCGCCUGGAGAAGCUGAAUGCAGGAGAGGACUUCUCUGACCUCUUUGAGCAGGAGAUCAACAGAAGCCUGUCCCCAGGUAGCAUGCAUUCCUAUCAGCUAUGGGUGGAGAACUUAAAGAAAGGUGGAGGAGCCCUGAUAAGUACCAUGAAAAACAAGACCAAUCCAGCUGUCAGGAAUGCAUAUCAAUAUGCCAAAGGCCAUGCCAAAAUGCGGCUGAAGAAUAUGCGGAGCCGUCUCAAGGAAAAGGAUUCCAGUACAGGCCCUCAUCGUCAGCGAGGGCAUUCCUCGAACUGUGACCUUAUCUCUGGCCCCAUCAUGCCCACCAGGAAUAGCCAGUCUGAGAGCUUGCAAAGCCGGUUGCCCAUCACCCAGCACUUUGGGAAGGGGCAAAGUCGUUUCUCGAGUAAGAUCUUUUGGAAUCGGCCCUCAAGUACGGCAGAAGGCAGAACAUCCAGUCUAGCAAGUUUAAAAGCACGUCUAAAUUUUGGAAUAGUAAGUUUGUGCAAAUAUGGAGCCAUAGAAUCAAAAUGGGAGGUAGGAAAAGGAGCAUACCAUGGACAAAAUUUCUUUAUAAUAGCCAGAUUAUUCUGGUGCUCUAUGUCUUUUAAACGUUGUCCAAUUAGACUUUUUGCUUUGAUGCGGCCCACCGUGAGUAGAUGUUGUGGGGAUAGGCUGCAGGAGAGAAGUUUUUGAUGAACAGUUUUGGUCCAAGCACUUUUGUGGGAAUCUUGUGUUACUAAAGGCAAUAAACCAGGUGGGUUUGAAUUUAGGUGGAGCCAGAAAUUAAGAGUUAUUUGCCAGGUCCGUACUUCUACAGAAGGGAGACUUGCCUCCAGUCGUAAUGAUGCAUUUGGAACGCAUGGUGGGACAGGGAAAAAAAAAUCUGCCUUAAAAACUUUGAUUGGACAGAUUCCAGAGUGCUACGAUGGUUACCAGUCCAAAUUUGGGCCCCAUAAAGUAGCUUCGCUAGGGGUUUGGCUUGAAAAACUUGUAGGGCUGAUGGAAUAUGUUUGCCACCCUUCGUGUGGAAGAAAUGGGUCAGCGUUUUGGCACUUUGAGAUGCUUCUUCUUUGGCACAUUUUUGAUGUGCAUCUCAUGUCCCCAUUGACUGGAAGAUAAGGCCCAGAUACUUGAAGGCUUUAACCUGUUCGAUUGGCUAGUUAUCCAUUUGCCAGCUAUUUUCUUGAGAAGACCAUGACUUUGGUUUUCUGAUAGUUUACGGCCAACUGUUCUCUCCGGCAAUAUGCUGAAAAUUCUCCUGUCAGUUUUUUUCGGCCUAUUUUUGUUUGGGAUAGGAGAACCACAUUGUCCGCAUAUAAUAGCACUGAGAUUGGUUUUGCGGCCAGUUUGGGGGCGUAGAUGUUAGACCCUUAACCAUGUCAUUUAUAUAUAGGUGAAAUAAUGCUGGAGCUAGGAUGCUAGACGCUUAACCAUGUCAUUUAUAUAUAGGUGAAAUAAUGCCAGAGCUAGGAUGCAUCCUUGCUUAACUCCCUUGGUAACUGGUACGGGUCCUAUGAGUUGGCCAUUUAGGGAGCAGCGUACGUUCAGCACGGUGUCUUUGUAGAGGCAGUUAAUCAGAAAUAAGAAUCUUUUGUCUAUGCUUGAUGUAUGGUGGUACGUUUCCGAGCACAAUUCAAAGUGCUGGUGCUGACCUUUAAAGCCCUAAAUGGCCACUGUCCAGUAUACGUGAAGGCUGCUCCUCCCCCCUCCCCACGUUCCUGUCGCUGGCUGCAGCCGCGGAGGGGGCGAAAACAGCCCAAUUUCUAUAACCCGCAGCUACUUUUCCCCUUCAGUUUUUGGAGGGAAAAAGUGUGGGUUAUGGUCCAUAAAAUAUGGUUUUGUUUUUGUUUUUUGCUUCUGGGGGGGCAGCUGCCCCCCGACCCUCGCUGGGUACGCCCAUGCCUCCUGUAUGCCCAUGUUAUUCAGAAGGAAGCCCUUAUAGUCUAAUUGUGACUGUGCUUCUUUGUGUCAAAUGUAGAGAGCAGCAGUGUAAUCAUCAGAGCUGAGUUCACAUUUGUACCGAAAAAUAAGUUACAAUAUGCAAAGCAGAAAGUCGGGAUAGAAAAUUUGGCUGAAUUAAUUGCACAACACAUAUGGGCAUUGUGUACUAUUUAAUUGCCAUGUCUUCUGCUAAAGAAUCCUGGGAAUUGUAGUUUGUUGAGAGUGCGCAGGUAUUCUCUGUUGGAGAUCCUUAGCUCUCCUUGCAGAUCAACAAUUCCCUGGUGAGAGGGAAUGACUGAAAGCGGGUUUGUUGGCAGUAAAGACACAUCUAGUGUUAAGGAUUGCCUAAUGUUUAGGGAAGUUUUUAAUGUUUGAUGUUUUAUCACUUUUCUAUUCUUAUUAAUAUUCUGUUGGGAGCUGCCCAGAGUGGCUGGGGAAACUCAGCCAGAUGGGUGGGGUAUAAAUAACAAAUUAUUAUUAUUAUUAUUAUUAUUAUUAUUAUUAUUAUUAUUCCGAAUGGAGAAAGCAGCCUCGCUGUCCUGAGAGUCUCCAGCUGAAUCCAUGCCCUACCUUACACUAGAGUGGGGAAUAUGUAGUUUCGAAUCAUGGAGAAAGGGCCACUAAUCACCUAACCCAGACAUCCCCAAACUGCGACCCUCCAGAUGUUUUAGCCUACAACUCCCAUGAUCCCUAGCUAACAGGACCAGUGGUCAGGGAUGAUGGGAAUUGUAGUCCAAAACAUCUGGAGGGCUGCAGUUUGGGGGUGCCUGACCUAACCACUCAGGACAUUUUGUUCUAGACAAGGGGAUCAGAACCCUUACAGGUGUGUGUCCAGUGCUGGAUUUACAUAUAAGCCAUAGUUGCCAAGUCUCCCGUUUUCCCCGGGAAACCCCCGUUUUUCCAGCUGUCCCCAGCCGAAAAAACGAUUA